CCAGAGGCGGCUGCAGCAGCUGCUGCCCUUGUCCCUGCCGCCGCCUCUCCAGUCCCUUCUGUGAUUACCACUCCAGCUGCUGGGAACCGGCGAGAAAAAGGAGGAGGUGAGAAACUCCCACCGACCCACAGAGGGAGCAUGACUUCGGCAACUUCACCUAUCAUUUUGAAAUGGGACCCCAAAAGUUUGGAAAUCCGGACGCUAACCGUGGAAAGGCUGUUGGAGCCACUUGUUACACAGGUGACUACACUUGUCAACACAAGCAACAAAGGCCCAUCUGGUAAAAAGAAAGGGAGAUCAAAGAAAGCCCACGUACUAGCUGCUUCUGUAGAGCAAGCCACUCAGAACUUCCUGGAAAAGGGUGAACAGAUCGCUAAGGAGAGUCAAGAUCUCAAAGAAGAAUUGGUGGCUGCUGUAGAGGACGUGCGCAAACAAGGUGAGACGAUGCGUAUCGCCUCCUCCGAGUUUGCUGAUGACCCAUGCUCAUCGGUAAAGCGCGGCACCAUGGUGCGGGCGGCAAGGGCUUUGCUCUCGGCAGUGACACGCUUACUCAUCCUUGCGGACAUGGCAGAUGUCAUGAGACUUUUAUCCCAUCUGAAAAUUGUGGAAGAGGCCCUGGAAGCUGUCAAAAAUGCUACAAACGAGCAAGACCUUGCAAACCGUUUUAAAGAGUUUGGAAAAGAGAUGGUGAAACUCAACUAUGUAGCAGCAAGAAGACAACAGGAGCUGAAGGAUCCUCACUGUCGGGAUGAGAUGGCAGCCGCCCGAGGGGCUCUGAAGAAGAAUGCCACAAUGCUGUACACGGCCUCUCAAGCAUUUCUCCGUCACCCAGAUGUUGCCGCUACGAGAGCCAACCGAGAUUAUGUGUUCAAACAAGUCCAGGAGGCCAUUGCUGGCAUCUCCAAUGCUGCUCAAGCUACCUCGCCCACUGACGAAGCCAAAGGCCACACGGGCAUCGGCGAGCUGGCUGCGGCUCUUAAUGAGUUUGACAAUAAGAUCAUCCUGGACCCCAUGACGUUCAGCGAGGCCAGGUUCCGGCCGUCCCUGGAGGAGAGGCUGGAGAGCAUCAUCAGCGGCGCCGCGCUGAUGGCAGACUCCUCCUGCACACGAGACGACCGGCGCGAGAGGAUCGUGGCGGAGUGCAACGCCGUGCGGCAGGCGCUCCAGGACCUGCUCAGCGAGUACAUGAAUAAUGUGGAAUCUCGCUCUGUCACCAGGCUGGAGUGCAGUGACACGAUCUCAGCUCACUGCAAUCUCCGCCUCUGUGGUUCAAGCAAUUCUCCUGCCUCAGUCUCCCGAGUAGCUGGGACUAUAGGUGCAUGCCACCAUGCCCAGGCAAGUGUCCAUUUGUCCUUACUUCCAGCCAAUAAACAUUUCCAGGGGAUUUUCAAGGUGAUUCCUCCAGUUAGAGAUGUUCAAAACGUGGUCCCAAGAUGGUUGUGUACAUGCAUGACAAUGCAGACUGGAAGAAAAGAAAAAGGAGAUCCUCUCAACAUUGCGAUUGAUAAGAUGACUAAGAAAACAAGAGAUUUAAGGAGACAGCUUCGGAAAGCAGUGAUGGAUCACAUAUCUGAUUCUUUCUUGGAAACCAAUGUCCCUUUGCUAGUUCUAAUUGAGGCUGCAAAGAGCGGAAAUGAGAAGGAAGUGAAAGAAUAUGCCCAGGUUUUCCGUGAACAUGCCAACAAACUGGUAGAGGUUGCCAAUUUGGCCUGUUCCAUCUCCAACAAUGAAGAAGGGGUGAAAUUAGUUCGGAUGGCAGCCACCCAGAUUGACAGCCUGUGUCCCCAGGUCAUCAAUGCUGCUCUGACACUGGCUGCCCGGCCACAGAGCAAAGUUGCUCAGGAUAACAUGGAUGUCUUCAAAGACCAGUGGGAGAAGCAGGUCCGAGUGUUGACAGAGGCUGUGGAUGACAUCACAUCAGUGGAUGACUUCCUCUCUGUCUCAGAAAAUCACAUCUUGGAGGAUGUGAACAAGUGUGUGAUAGCCCUCCAAGAGGGUGAUGUGGACACUCUGGACCGGACUGCAGGGGCCAUCAGGGGCCGAGCAGCUCGAGUCAUACACAUCAUCAAUGCUGAGAUGGAGAACUAUGAAGCUGGGGUUUAUACUGAGAAAGUGCUGGAAGCUACAAAACUGCUUUCUGAAACAGUGAUGCCACGCUUUGCUGAACAAGUAGAGGUUGCCAUUGAAGCCCUGAGUGCCAACGUUCCUCAACCAUUUGAGGAGAAUGAGUUCAUCGAUGCCUCUCGCCUGGUGUAUGAUGGUGUUCGAGACAUCAGAAAGGCUGUGCUGAUGAUCAGGACCCCAGAAGAACUAGAGGAUGAUUCUGACUUUGAGCAGGAAGAUUACGACGUGCGUAGCAGGACGAGUGUUCAGACUGAGGAUGACCAGCUCAUUGCAGGGCAGAGUGCACGGGCCAUCAUGGCGCAACUACCGCAAGAAGAGAAGGCAAAAAUAGCUGAGCAGGUGGAGAUAUUCCAUCAAGAGAAAAGCAAGCUGGAUGCAGAAGUGGCCAAAUGGGACGACAGCGGCAAUGAUAUCAUUGUACUGGCCAAGCAGAUGUGUAUGAUCAUGAUGGAAAUGACAGACUUCACAAGAGGCAAAGGCCCAUUGAAAAAUACAUCUGAUGUCAUUAAUGCUGCCAAGAAAAUUGCUGAAGCAGGUUCUCGAAUGGACAAAUUAGCCCGCGCUGUGGCUGAUCAGUGUCCUGAUUCAGCAUGUAAGCAGGAUUUAUUAGCCUACCUUCAACGAAUUGCCUUGUAUUGCCAUCAGCUUAAUAUCUGCAGCAAGGUGAAGGCGGAAGUACAGAAUCUGGGAGGAGAGCUCAUUGUGUCAGGGACAGGAGUUCAGAGCACUUUCACUACCUUUUAUGAGGUAGAUUGUGAUGUCAUAGAUGGGGGCAGGGCUAGUCAACUUUCUACCCACCUCCCAACCUGUGCUGAGGGAGCUCCGAUCGGGAGUGGAAGCAGUGAUUCCUCCAUGAUUUAUUCACAGGAUUCCUGCAUCAGGCUUGAAAAGCAAAGGGGUUCUGAAGAAGAGACAGGCUCUCGUAUUUUUGCUGCAGAAUUAAACACCAUCUAUCUGAAAAUGGAAUCUGUGCUGGACAGUGCCACAUCACUUAUCCAGGCUGCUAAAAACCUGAUGAAUGCUGUUGUCCUCACGGUGAAAGCAUCCUAUGUGGCCUCAACCAAAUACCAGAAGGUCUAUGGGACAGCAGCUGUCAACUCACCUGUUGUAUCUUGGAAGAUGAAGGCUCCAGAGAAGAAGCCCCUUGUGAAGAGAGAAAAGCCUGAAGAAUUCCAGACACGAGUUCGACGAGGUUCUCAGAAGAAACACAUUUCGCCUGUACAGGCUUUAAGUGAAUUCAAAGCAAUGGAUUCCUUCUAGGACGAUAGGCUUUAACAAGAAAGCUUUUUCUUUCUUUUCUUUUCUUUCUUUUUCUUUUUAAUUCCAUUUUUGUAUGCAUACCUGCCGGCUUGUAUGCCUCUGGCAUGGGGAAAUUAAGGGAACAGUGUCUGUUUGCAUGUGAGAUGAGAUCAAUACUACUGAUCCAUCUGUAGUCUGGGAAGGAAACAGGAGAUUCCUGUACUGAGGUGGCACAGAGCUGUCCUUUGCAACAUUCUCAUAAAAUUGGGCAAAGAGUUCACAUUGGUGCAACAUUUAUGGGAGCGGGAGGGAUGGGGAAAAUAAACUUAACUCUACAAAAGCAAACUCUAAUGCAUGCAAGAAUCAUUAGGUUGGCAGGUAUAUUCAUAAGUGAAAAAUCUGGAAGUGUAAUGGUAGAACAUAAAACUUGUAUUGCUUCUGUUUCAGUGCAAAAAUGUACUAGCCAAUACGCUUAAGUGUGUGGCCCACAAAUUGAACAAUUUAACCAUGAAGUCAUAUUCGUGAUAUUAUGUCGAUUUUUAACUGAGGGGAAAUUAACUAGUCCAGCCUAAAAUGCUUCUUUUAAUCUGCAUUCUGUUGUUUUCUCUUCUAGUUGUGCCAUUACUAGUGAUCAUGUUAUUUUUUUUUCCCCUUUACUGAAAUCAAUAAACAUCUAUUUGAGAGAAUUAAAAUCCUUCUGGGGGCACUGGAAGCACAAUGUGGUGACCAAUGUUGCUUUCAUUUUUUUUAAUUUGAACUAUGAUUUUGCUAGAAAUAGAAGGCCCAGUGGUGGAAUAUUAGAAGGAAUGGAAACUGACAACAUGUGAAGGUUAGAGGCAAAUACAUAGGUGUAGCUUGGAGUGCUGGUAUCUAAUAUGCCAUUGUAUUCACUAACUCGAAAUAAACACAUUUAAUCUUGA